AUGGUGCGACCUGUGAAAGACUCUAAAAAUACCACUGUUAUCUACCUUGAUUUAAUGCUGUAUGCAAUUCUGGAUGUGAAAGAGAAGGAACAGCAAUUUGUCGCUUACAUUUGGGUUGAUAUGUCUUGGAAUGAUGAUUUUAUUUUAUGGGAACCGGAUGACUUCUGUGGAAUUACACUGACUUAUGUUCCUGCUGUAUCAGUGUGGACACCAGAUCUGACUAUUGAAGAGAUGACAGAGAAGGACAAAGCUGCUCAGAGUCCAUAUCUUGCCAUUUUGUACGAUGGCCGGGUCAGAUGGAGGAACGACAUGGUGGUUGUCAGCAGUUGCAAGAUGAAGGUUUACAAAUUUCCCUUCGACACUCAGAAAUGCAAACUCUCCUUGAAGUCUGUCAUACAGUCUGACGAGCACUUAAAGCUUAAGCCGCUCAGUUCCUCUGAAAACAUCAGAGAGUGGUCUUUUGAGAUGAUGCAGACCCAGUCAGAGUGGAUUUUCGAGGACAUGACGUACUCGUACAAAACUGUUGACAAUUUUGGUGUCAACCAAAGCAUGAUCAUCUACAGUAUCACGAUGAAGAGACGCUCUGUCCUCUACAUUGUCAACUUCAUACUGCCUGUCCUGUUGUUCUUGUGUCUGGACUUGGCCUCCUUCCUGAUCUCAGACAGUGGAGGAGAGAAGCUCAGCUUCAAGGUCACUGUGCUGCUUGCUGUCACAGUGAUGCAGCUCCUUCUGAAUGAAAUCCUGCCGUCCUCUUCAGACAGGAUCCCACUCAUAGCGAUCUACUGUGUUGGGGUAUUUGGUUUGAUGAUGCUGAGCCUCCUGGAGACGAUUUUGGUGAUGUACCUGAUGGAGAAGGUUUCUGCAUCCCAAGAGGGCAGGUCAGGUAAGGACCAAAGUCUGAGUGAGGACUGUGAGGACAAACCAUGUAAAGGCAAAUUCCAUUACUGUUUAAGAGAUGUGAAACUGAAAUCCUGUGUGCCUGCCUGCGGCAUGUCUUCAGGACAAACAUCAUCCGAACUGUUGCAGGUUGCAAAAGAGGCAAGCAGCAGCCAGCUGAAGGAGGAGUCUUAUGAAUUUGAAAAGGAGGUGUUGAAAUCGUUGGCUCUGCUGCUCGGCAGCAUGAAGGAAGAGGAGAAACCCAGCUACUGGAGCAGAAUGACCAAAACAAUCAACAAAGUUUUCUUUAUUUUCUACAUCAUCACAGCCAGUGUGUUUUUGUUCUACAUGUUUUACUGCUGGAAUUCUACAGAGGAAUAA